AUGCAGGCAAAAAACUCAAAUAUAAAUACGUUUUCUAUUUAAAGAGAAGAAACAUCAACAUAAGCUUCAUAGUCUGAAAGAAAUUCCGAAAUAAAUAAAAAUAUUAUAAAAGACAAAGUCAAUUUUAAAUGGCUUUUAAAAUCAUGUAUUGAAGAAGCCUUAAGUUUUUUUCUUGAAUGGGUACCUUCGACGAUAACAUUAAUUUUUAUAAAAAAUAAUUAUCCUUAAAAUAUUAUUAAUGGUUUCGGAUUAGGUUUAGUUUGGAGUAAUUGUAUUGGAUAAGGUCUUUAUUAUGGACUUAGUAGUGGUUUAGAAACUAUGGCUUCCCAUGAGCAUGGAGCAGGCAAUUAUAAUUAAGUAGGAAUUCUUUUCUAGAAGACAUUGUAUAUAUCUUUUUUAAUGUUUAUUCCUAUUUCCUUAAGUAUGUAUUUUUCAGAAAACAUAAUUUCUUUGUGGAAUAGAGAUAUAUAUUUAUCAUAUAUUGCUGGUUAAUAUUGCAUUUAUUAAAUACCUGGAAUAUUUUUUACAGCAAUAUAUUAUGCAUAUAAAGCAACAUUAAAUGCUUAAAAUGAAUAUAGAAUAUAAGUAUAUAGUAGUGGAUCAAACUUAAUUUUAACAAUAUUAUAUUGUUAUAUAUUUAUAUCAAAAUUAGAUUUGGGAAUAUAUGGUGCAUCAAUAGUAUUUAGUUCUUGUUAAAUUUCAAAUUUAUUACUUUGCUAUUUAUUUGCAAAACAAAAAAAAGAUUUAUAAAAAUGCUUCAUACCGUUUAAUUCUAAAUGUUUUAAUGAUAUUAGUUAUUUCCUUAAAACAGCUAUACCUAUAGGAUCAUUAGUUGCUUUAGAAUGGAUGCUUUAAGAAGCAAAUUCUAUCAUAGCUUCAAAUUUGCCUUCAUAAUAAUAUGCUGCCCACAUUAUUUUAGCUAAUUUGAUUUGUGUAUGUAAUUAAUUCCCUUUAGGAUAUGCUACUGCUUCAUGCACUUUUAUAAGUAAUGAAAUGGGAAAAGGUAAUAUUCAUAAUGCAAAUAAAUACGCUUAAUACAGUUUUAUUAUUAUUACUUUUCAUUUAAUGUUAACACUUUUACCUGUUUAUUUGUUGCAAAAUUAAAUCGCAGAUAUUUUUGCUGUAGAUGAUAAUGUUAAAUAAAGUAUUAUUUUGAUUUUUAAUAUAUUUAUUAUUUAAUAUUGUUUUGAUUGCUUUUAAUGCAUGCUCACCGCUUAUAUGAGAGCUAUAGCUCAAGAAAGAUUUAGUAGUGCUUCUUUUAUUUUUUGCUAUGCUUUUGUUGGAUUAGGACUUAGUUAUUUUUUAGCUUAUUACACUUCUUUUUAAAUUUAAGGGAUUUGGAUAGGAAUUACUAUCGGUUUAGGUCUUUAUGUUGUUAUGUAAAUUGUAAAAUUAUAAAUAACUGAUUUAAAAGAAAUGGCUUAAAUUAUAUACGAAAGAAUUUGUUCUUAAUAAAAUAAUUAAUAUAAAUUAAUGAAUGAUGAUAAUUAUUGA